UUGAGAUAGUCUUUCUGGGAUAGCAGUGGAAAUUUAAUGGUAGCCAAAAUAGCAAUCUCGGAAUUCCAGAUUAGAUUUUGGGGUAGGGGAUGCUCAUAAAAUCACUGUUAUCCACACUUAAGUUCUGCUUUAACCAAAGAUGUAUUGAUUUCGGGAAGCACUCACAAUUGCAAACACAGACAAAUUGUUUCUUCAAUUUCAAAAUUGGCCGCAAAAUUAGAAGAAUUCGGACAAAUAUGGAUGAAGAUAAAGAGAAAAACGAAGUGAUUUCCAACAUACGAGCCUGUCUUAUUUCUGUAAAAGGCAGAGUAUCCUUGCGACAACUCGAAACUGAUUACAGGGUGAUAUGUGGGCAAAGGAUUCCAUAUUCUCGUUUAGGCUUCAGAACCAUCCAGGAUUUCAUUUCCUCAAUACCAUCCUUGAUGCUGACAAAAUCUUCUACAGGGGAAUAUUUUGUUGAUGCACAAGCUUCUGAGAAAUCUAUACAUAUAACAGACAUGGUCAGUAAACAGAAGAACGCGAAAAAGAAACCAAUAUCAAGACCCACACUCAAACCCUACCGAAUGCAUAGUAAUAUAACUCGGCCAAUGUAUAGUAAUUUAACUCGGCCAAUGCAUAGUAAUAUAUCGCCGCCAAAGAAUUGGAAUAGUUUAACAGCUAAAUACAAGCCGAAAAAAUAUAAUGAUUCAGAAAGAACAGCUGCAUUGUCUCACAAUCAGUUCAUCAACAGAAGUCCCAUAAAGACAAAAAUUAACACCUCUAAGCCUAAACCCUCGAUCACUGAACAGACUGAAUACAAGAAACCCAUUGAUCCUAUUGAUCCUCCCAAAAAGAUACCUCCUUCAAAAAUAUCUGAACCUGUUAGUGGUAUACUGCUGACCACUCCCUUCAGAAUAAAUUAUAGAACCCCCAGUUUAUCUGCAAAACUCCCAAACUCCCAUGACUAUAACACAGUCGGUAAAAUGAGAUCAUCAAAUGUGGAAGAUCACAAGAGCCCAGUUGAUCUAGCAACCUUUUCGGCUUCUUUGAUGGAAAAUUCCAGGUCUAUGGUGGAAUCUUCCAAGACUACGGUGGAAUCUUCCACUUCUUUGGUGAAAACGUCCAGGAAAAGGUUGUGUAAAAUGAUGUCCGAAACAUCCCUGGAUAGAGAUAGUGGUAACAGCAGUCCUACCAAUGAUGUCAGGGUACCUGUCGAUGAUCUGUUGACAGGAAAUGCAAUAGACGAUUUAAAGACCAUUGUUGAUCUAUAUAAACUAGGAAAAAUUGAUGUUAACCAUACAGUUAUGCAAUCUAAGAAGAAAUAUGCCAAGGCUCUCUAUAACUGUACAAUAACUGUUGAUGGUCAAACGUAUCUUAGUUAUCCGGAAGAAUUUCACGAUGCUAAUUCUGCACAAGUUUAUUGUGCCCAGAAAGCACUAGAUGAACUGUUACCAAAAUGUGCCAGAAAAAGAAAGUUAUUGUUAGCUACUAGCAAGGAUAUAAAAGAGAGAAUUCCACCAAUGUUGCAAAUGCAUGCUCAGGGUAUAUGGAGUUCAAGAAUAGAAGAAGACUAUGCAGAUUUAUAUUUAGAGCAACUUCCUACAAAUUGGUUGGAAAUUAUUGAUUCUUGUGAAUGUGUUGCUGUGGAAAGAAUUCAAGAUGAUAGAUAUGUUUUGAGAUUUUGCAAGCCAGGGAUGGCUUUACAGAAGGGAGAAAAGUUUGGUUCUAUUUUACCACCGGAUGUGUCUAUACCCUCAACUACAGUAGAUUUUGGUGAGGACAACAGAUUAUUAGCAGUGAUAACUUGCAUUAUGUCCCUCAAUGAGAUAUGGUGUCAGCAGUUGGACAAUUCUCAAUUCGAUACCCAUAAUGAGGUCAUUACAAAGAUGGAAAAUUACUACAGUGAAGAAGGUGAGAAACUCAGAGCGAAGGAUGUACAGAUAGGUUCAUUUUACGUUGCUCUGUACGAGUGCAAUUGGUAUCGUGUGAGGGCAUUGGAGGUGAAGGAAGAUUGCGUGAACUGUUUCCUGAUCGACUACGGUGAUGAAUAUCUUAUACAAAAGGACAUGAUUUGUGAUAUUAAAAGGGAAUUCGCAAUAUCACCCGCUCAGGCAUUCGUUUGCCGGUUAGCGGGAUUAGAGGACUUAUACGACGCCAAUGUGCAGUUAGAAAAGUUGGUUUCUUAUAUUGGUAAAGAAGUUAUUUUGACUGAACAGUCUGCAUCAGAUGUCACAGAAGCAGAUCAAACUGUAGCUGUGGAUAUGUAUGACUUGAAUGAUGGUGUAUGUAUUAACAAACAACUUCUUAAGUUUUUGACAAUUGAAAUUGCUACACCUAUAAUCAGACAAAACACAAUAGAGACUGUAUAUAUAUCCCAUGUGUCUGACAAUGGGAUUGUAUACAUACAAAUACACUCCAAAGGCUUCACAAGUCUACAAUGCCUUAUGCAACAUAUAGAGGUGGCCAUAAACCAUGUUUCAUCAAGUGAUUAUAUAGAGCGCAUAAACCGAUUCAAUUGGGAACUCAAUAAGGAUAAGAUUUAUCUUUCCAAAGACCAAGGGCAUUGGUUUAGAAGCAAAAUUCUUGAUAUGUCCCCAGACGGAGAACAUGCUCAAGUUUAUUUUAUUGACAGAGGCAACUUCAACGUCGUCAAGGUAGCAGAAGAAGUUUUCUACCGUUUGGAAGACAUCAGUGAAGUACUCUAUCAGUUUCCUCCUCAAGCGGUUAUGGUAAAAAUGGCCCUAGAAGCCUUUCCUAAGAACUUUGCUCAUCUAGCUGCUGCAUUGUUAAAAGAAGGCUCUUCUGUUCUAUUGAAAGUUAUAGGCACAGAUGAGAAUGGUAUACCUAUUGGAGAAUUCUAUAGAAGAUCAAAUGAGGAAGGUUUGCUGUGCAUCAAUAAAUCCAUUGCUAUGGAAAUGGAAAUAAGCUCAAGAAAUGAAAGUAAUCCAUUGAAAGGUACAAAGAGCAAAUUGGAUAAAUUGACUCAGAAUGUCCAGAAAGAAAAAGUGCCAUCUAGCGGCUCAUUGAUGAGCCCCAAACUUCCAGAGAUGGGAGCUUAUUUUGGAGUCAAUAUACCUUUCACAGUGAAUCCUUGGAAUUAUUUUGUUCAGCCAUAUAAUUCCAAAGAUCAACUGGACAGUAUGAUGGUUGCACUUCAGGAGAGAUACAAGAACACAACAUGCAGUUCUACCCAGGCAAAAAAUAUAGUACCAGGUCAGAUAUUUGCAGCCAAGCACACUGAUGGUAUUUGGUAUAGGACAAGCGUGUUGAAAGUUAUACAUUCUGGAUCUAUAUCCGUGUUUUACUGUGAUUUUGGCUAUUACUCAAACUUGUCUGUUAGCCAACUGAUACCUCUUGACGCAGAAUUCACAAAGUUGCCAUUCCAAGCACUAAAGGCCAAGUUAUCAGGCAUUAAACCAAAGAAGAAUAAGUGGUCUAUGGAAGAUUGCGAGGUCUUUUCAGAACUUGUGAAAGGGAAAGCCUUGAUAUCUGUACUCAUGGACAUUGAAAAAGAUGAACUUUAUGAGUCAGAUCCAGUACUGAAACUUACCCUCAUAGAUACUACAACAGAUGAAGAUAUUUUUAUUGAUCAAGAACUGAUAAGAAGGAAUAUAGCAAUAAAGGCUGACUGAAAAGGAUAUUUUCACUUAUGAUAUUUUGUUUGUUGUUAUCAUAUAACUUUAUUGUAGAUAUGUUUUAUUAUAGUUUGAUGAGAUCAGAUUUAUUUGCUAUUUGAUUGAUCAAAAUAUCAAACAAAUCAUUCACUGUAGAGUAAACAUAUAUUUAUAUAAAUAACAAUGUUGAAUAUUCUUGUUAGAAAAAUUAUUUGUUUCAAAUAGAAAUGUUUAAUGUUGAUUUAGACUUUAAUAAUUUGUUAUUGUUCACAAGAAUGUUUUUCUUUCAGUUUUGGACUUAUUUGUUUUGUUUGUAUCAAGUGAUAAUUUUCUAUUGUUUUGUAAUAAACUUUUGAAAUUUCA